CUCUCUUCUGACAAAAAAAAAAAAUGAGAUACCCACAAGUUAGCUUUGUUAGACAAAACAACAUUUUUUUCAUAAGAGUCUUCAUGAUCCUAUUCUUAAGCUGCAUAGCUUUUAGAAAUAACCUUUGUCUUUCAAGCAUCCCUUCUACAUUAAAAUCACUUCCCCUUGAUGGUCAUUUCACCUUUGAUGAAGUUCACUUUGCGGCCAAAGAUUUUGGUAACAGGUACCAAUUCCUCCCUGCAGCAAUACUGCAUCCAAAGUCAGUUUCUGAUAUUGCCAAUACUAUAAAGCAUAUUUGGCAGAUGGGUUCUCAUUCAGAGCUCACAGUUGCAGCUAGAGGCCAUGGUCACGCACUCCAGGGCCAGUCCCAAGCACACCGUGGAGUUGUGAUCAGUAUGGAGUCUCUCCAAGGCCCAGAAAUGCAGGUUUACACUGGAAAUUCUCCAUAUGUGGAUGUCUCUGGUGGCGAAUUAUGGAUAAAUAUCCUGCAUGAAAGCCUGAAAUAUGGGUUAACACCAAAAUCAUGGACAGACUACCUACAUCUAACUGUUGGCGGUACCCUGUCUAAUGCAGGGGUCAGUGGUCAGGCAUUUCAGCAUGGCCCCCAGAUCAGUAAUGUCAACCAGCUGGAGGUUGUAACAGGAAAAGGUGACGUUGUAACUUGUUCAGAGAAGCAUAACAGUGACCUCUUUCACAGUGUUCUUGGAGGACUUGGCCAGUUUGGCAUUAUAACCCGAGCAAGAAUAUCACUGGAGCCAGCACCGGAUAUGGUAAAAUGGAUAAGAGUGCUAUACUCGGAUUUCGCCACAUUUGCCCGAGACCAGGAGCAUCUAAUAUCUUUGAGGAGGACGUUUGAUUACAUUGAAGGUUUUGUGAUAAUAAACAGGACUGGUCUGCUGAAUAACUGGAGGUCAUCCUUUAAUCCACAAGACCCAAUUCAAGCCAGCCAUUUCAAGUCAGAUGGAAGGACUCUCUUCUGCCUGGAAUUGGCCAAAUACUUCAACCAAGACAAGAGUGAUGUAGUACAUCAGGAAAUUGAACACUUGUUGUCUCAAUUAGGCUAUAUUACAUCAACACUUUUCCUAUCAGAAGUUACGUACGUCGAAUUCCUGGACAGGGUUCAUGUGUCUGAGGUCAAAUUAAGGUCAAAAGGCUUGUGGGAAGUUCCACAUCCAUGGCUCAAUCUUUUCAUCCCUAGAAGCAAAAUAAAUAAUUUUGCUGAUGAAGUCUUUGGAAAUAUCCUUACAGAAACAAGCAACGGUCCUGUCCUAAUCUAUCCAGUGAACAAAUCAAAGUGGGAUAACAGAACUUCAGCCAUUACACCAGAGGAAGAUACUUUCUAUCUAGUUGCAUUCCUGACCUCUGCAGUUCCCUCUUCAACAGGAACUGAUGGAUUAGAACAUAUAUUAACUCAGAACAAAAGAAUUCUAGAAUACUGUGAAAAGGCUCACCUAGGGGUCAAGCAAUAUUUGCCCCACUACACUACACAGGAAGAGUGGCAGGCCCACUUUGGCCCACGAUGGGAAAUUUUUGUACAGAGAAAAUCUGCUUAUGACCCAUUGGCAGUACUUGCUCCUGGCCAAAGAAUUUUUAAAAAAGCAAUACCCUUCUCAUGACAGUGGCCUCACAAUAUGAUUACUAUUUUUUUUAAGAGGCCCUUACAACAUGUGGGAAAAUGCCUCAGCCACAAAAGCAAUAUCUUGAUAAUAGAGAUAUUCAUGUGCCUUUUUCACAUAUUGAAAGUGUAACAUGGAGGGACGCUGUAGGGGCUAGUAGAAAAGUUUUCAACAGUCAGAUAUUUCUACAUGAAUUAUUAGCGAGCAUUGUGAAAGGAAAUGGACAUCACUAGUCAUAUAAAGAAUGUAUAUAUCAAUUUUGUAAA